UAACAGACAAUCUGCCCCGAGCAGCUCCCUCCCAUCCAGUCUGCACUUUCUGACUUCUCUGCUCAUCCAGGAGGCUCUUCACAUCAUCGCCAUGGCUCCCAAGAAAGUCGAGUCCAAGAAGCCAGAACCCAAGAAGCCGGAACCCAAGAAGGAGGCCACUCCGGCCCCAACAGCCCCCAAACAAGCUCCGCCGCCCGAACCAGAAGCCCCCAAAGAACCUGCGUUCGAUCCCAAGGCCAUCACGCUGGAGUACAGCGCCGAUCAGAUUGAAGAGUUCAAAGAGGCAUUUCAACUGUUUGACCGCACACCGAAAGGAGAAAUGAAGAUUACGUACGCCCAGUGUGGGGACGUGAUGCGAGCUCUGGGUCAAAACCCGACCAACGCUGAAGUGUUGAAGGUCCUGGGGAAACCCAGACCAGAGGAAAUGAACUCCAAGCUGGUGGACUUUGAGACCUUCUUGCCAAUGCUGCAACAUAUCUCCCGCUCGAAGGAUCAGGGCAACUUUGAGGAUUUUGUGGAAGGACUGAGAGUUUUUGACAAGGAGGGCAACGGGACCAUCAUGGGGGCCGAGCUGCGGCACGUUCUGGCCACGCUGGGCGAGCGGAUGACAGAGGAUGAGGUGGAUCGACUGAUGGCUGGACAAGAGGACGCCAACGGCUGCAUCAAUUAUUCUUCAUUUGUCAAACAUAUUCUUUCUGGUUGAACUGGAUUUAUAGGUGCUAACUCAGUGGAUGCUGUGGAUAAAUAUUCAGAGUGGUUAAUAAGAAAACUACUUAGACUUGCCCCCCUGAAAUCUAUUGUUCAAAUUGUUUUAUUUAAAACAGUUGUUUGAAUAAUAGCACAUUUGAAAUUGAAUGGUGAUUAACAUCACAUUGCCAUUCUAUAUUUCCAAUUCCUCUUCACCUACAAGACCCUUUCUCUAAACAUUCUAACUUAUGUGCAUAUGGUUUGUAAAUUUUGUCCAAUGGUCACAAAAAUGGACAAACAAUAAUAAUAAUUAAAAUAAGAUAAAAUAAAAUUAAAUAUAACAGA